UUAAAUACUGCACCCAGAUUGGAAGUAACUUUACCGCCCUUUUUCAUAUUUAUACUUUGUUUUUCUUAUUGUUCUUCAAAUACAUUUGUCUUCCAUGACUGUAAAGACUUUACAGCAGCUGACAGCCAGAGCAAUAUAUUUAUUUUCCUCUUGCUGUCCAUGUUUAGUAUUAUGCAUAUUGUAUUUAAUUCCUUGAAUAUACUUGCCAAACCAAAACAAAGAAGUAUCUCUGUGUUUUCUAGUUGGACUUGCAUAUGAAUGAAGGAAAGACAAAGAAAAAAAGGAGAUUUAAAAAAUAAAACUUUGUGACAAAUCACACUGUGCUUUGUCUGUGUGUAAAAGGAGACUUAAGCAGAGAUAUUUGUCAAAUGGUUGACAGGACUCUCUGUGUCUCUUUAAUCUUUAGCUCUGCCAUUUUGGUUUCUUUCUGCCAGUCUUGCUCUGUAAUACAUCCCGUGGUUCUGGUGCCACAACAAGGCUGAGUUGGCGUGUCCCCUUACUGAAGGCUUAUAGGCCUUCCUGCAGCGGGCGGAGCUGGUGUACGAUGGCGUGGUGGGCCAUUGAAGGCUGCCGCGAAGGACUGUGAUGUCAGAGCCCAACAGCCCGGGUGAGAGCCGGCGUGGCGCUCCCAAAUUCUUUGUGGGCUGCGAGGAGGAUGAGAGCGAGGUCCUGGACGAGAGCUUAAGGCCAGACAUGGAGUUGUAUGAGGACAACGAAGACACUGACUCGCCUCCAGAGCGACAGAUUGUGGUGGGGAUCUGCUGCAUGAUGAAGAAGUCAAAGUCCAAGCCGAUGACCCAGAUCCUGGAGAGGCUUUGCAAGUUUGAAUACAUCACAGUUGUCAUCUUUCCCGAGGAUGUCAUUCUCAAUGAGCCUGUGGACAAAUGGCCUCUUUGCGACUGCCUUAUCUCCUUCCAUUCAAAGGGUACAACUUUAGCAGAUACACAGACACACUCAACUGCUGAUAGAAAAAAACGGUUCCCACUGGAUAAGGCAGUGAGUUACGCCAAACUCAGAAACCCUCUGCACAUCAAUGACCUGGACAUGCAGUACUUCAUACAAGACAGGAGAGAGGUUUAUCGAAUACUGCAAGAGGAAGGAAUCGAUCUACCACGUUAUGCAGUUUUGAACCGUGACCCAGAUAAACCAGACGAAUGUAACCUGGUGGAAGGAGAGGACCAUGUGGAAGUGAAUGGAGAAAUUUUCCAGAAACCUUUUGUGGAGAAGCCUGUUUGUGCCGAGGACCAUAACGUCUAUAUCUACUAUCCCACCUCUGCUGGGGGUGGUAGCCAACGCCUCUUUAGAAAGAUUGGAAGUAGAAGUAGUGUGUAUUCCCCUGAGAGCAGCGUGAGAAAGACUGGCUCUUACAUCUAUGAGGAGUUCAUGCCGACUGAUGGAACCGAUGUGAAGGUGUACACUGUUGGGCCUGAUUAUGCUCAUGCUGAGGCCCGGAAGUCGCCUGCUCUGGACGGGAAGGUGGAGAGAGACAGUGAGGGCAAAGAGGUUCGCUACCCUGUCAUGCUGUCUGCAAUGGAAAAACUAGUCGCCCGUAAAGUUUGCCUGGCAUUUAAGCAAACUGUGUGUGGCUUUGACCUUCUGCGUGCAAAUGGACACUCGUACGUGUGUGAUGUCAAUGGGUUCAGUUUUGUGAAAAACUCAAUGAAGUACUACGACGACUGUGCCAAAAUCCUUGGGAAUAUUGUGAUGCGUGAGCUUGCUCCGCAGUUUCAGAUUCCAUGGUCCAUUCCUACAGAAGCGGAGGACAUCCCUAUAGUGCCGACAACAUCUGGAACCAUGAUGGAGCUACGCUGUGUCAUUGCGAUCAUCAGACAUGGAGACAGAACACCGAAGCAGAAGAUGAAAAUGGAAGUUCGAAAUCCCAUGUUCUUUCUUCUAUUUGAAAAAUAUGGUGGAUACAAAACUGGGAAAUUAAAACUUAAGAAGCCCAAACAACUGCAGGAGGUGCUGGACAUAACAAGACAGUUGUUGGCAGAACUGGGACAGGACACUGACUGUGAGAUUGAAGAAAAGACAUCCAAACUGGAACAGCUUAAAACCGUCCUCGAAAUGUAUGGACAUUUCUCUGGGAUCAACAGGAAAGUGCAAUUAACUUAUUUGCCCCAUGGGCAACCCAAAACAUCCAGUGAAGAAGAAGAUUCCAGAAAAGAGGGCCCUUCACUGCUGUUGGUACUUAAAUGGGGAGGUGAGCUCACCCCUGCAGGAAGAGUACAAGCCGAAGAGCUUGGAAGAGCAUUCCGUUGUAUGUACCCCGGUGGUCAAGGAGACUACGCAGGUUUUCCAGGCUGUGGUCUGCUACGGCUGCACAGCACUUACAGGCACGACCUGAAGAUAUAUGCUUCUGAUGAAGGCAGAGUGCAGAUGACUGCCGCAGCUUUUGCAAAGGGAUUGCUGGCCCUGGAGGGCGAGCUCACACCCAUCCUGGUGCAGAUGGUGAAGAGUGCUAACAUGAACGGGCUGCUGGACAGCGACAGUGACUCCCUAAGCGGUUGCCAGCAUCGUGUCAAAGCCAGACUUCAUGAGAUUCUGCAGAAGGACCGGGACUUUGCUGAUGAAGACUACGAUAGGCUUGCUCCAACUGGUAGUGCCUCGUUGGUGAAUUCAAUGAAAAUAGUCCAGAAUCCCGUGGCUGUUUGUGACCAGGUCUACACCCUCAUUCAGAGUCUGACCUCCCAGAUCCGACAAAAAAUGGAGGACCCCAAAUCAGGAGUGAGGAAGGGAAAGUUUUCUUACUCUCUAGACUCUCCCAAGUCAGCUGACUUGCAGCUGUACCACAGUGAAACCCUGGAGCUCAUGCUGCAACGCUGGUCCAAACUUGAGAGGGAUUUCUGCAUGAAGAAUGGCCGUUAUGACAUCAGUAAAAUCCCAGAUAUCUACGACUGUGUGAAAUAUGAUGUGAUUCAUAAUGCUUCCCUGGGACUGGAGGACACGCUGGAGCUGUUCAGACUCUCACGGGCUCUUGCUGACAUUGUAAUUCCACAGGAAUAUGGUAUUAAUAAAGUUGAGAAGUUGGACAUUGCAUAUGCCUACUGCCUUCCACUGGUCAGAAAGAUCCAGCUUGACCUGCAAAGGACGCAUGAGGACGAGUCCGUCAACAAGCUUCACCCCCUGUAUUCUCGAGGGGUGAUGUCUCCCGGACGUCACGUCAGGACACGGUUAUAUUUCACCAGUGAGAGUCAUGUCCACUCCCUGCUCAGCAUCUUCCGCUAUGGAGGCCUGCUUGACGAGGAGAAGGAUCAGCAGUGGAAGCGAGCCAUGGACUACCUCAGUGCCGUGUCUGAACUCAACUAUAUGACUCAGAUCGUCAUCAUGCUGUAUGAGGAUAAUAAUAAGGACAUUUCAUCAGAGGAGCGAUUCCAUGUGGAGCUCCAUUUCAGUCCUGGUGUUAAAGGUGUGGAAGAGGAGGAAAAUGCACCCACCGGCUUUGGUUUCAGGCCUGCAUCAGCAGAGGUGGCACGCCAGAAACAGACGGACCCGGGCAGCCUGGAAGACUUGUCACGCGAUGAGACCGACCGAGCUUUACCACUUUCUGAGCCCAUCACCAUACAGAGGAGAUCCCCACUGAUUCGUAACCACAAGACUGGGUCCAUGGAGGUCCUGUCUGAGACGUCGUCCUCCAAAGUCGGCAGCUACCGCCUCUUCUCUUUCUGCUCUCGUCAAUCCCCGGAGAUGAAGCAAAGUGGAUUAGCUUCAUUGCCUGAACUUCGUGGUGUAAAGUGCUUAUCUGGUGCCGAAGGCUCUCAGUGUGCCGGGCUCUUCAGCACCACUGUCCUAGGGGGGUCCUCUAGCGCCCCUAACCUUCAAGACUACGCUCGUGCACACCGCAAAAAAUUCUCGGCUGGCAGUCUGUCCUACAAAGACGAGUUGUUGUCUAUGCCGGCUGUAAAACGAUUUUCUGUGUCGUUUGCAAAGCAUCCGACUAAUGAGCCCCUUGAGGAGCACCAGGUGGCCCAGUUGUUGAGGUGCUUCUCCACCGACCUAAGCCUAGGUCAUCACCUCUCUUUGGAUGGGGCGCUCGCCCACCACCUCCAUCAGUGCUCCUACCACCUCCGUCUCUUCAGAAACUGGCUCAUCACCGGCCAGGACCCCCUAGAAUACCUCAACGGAUUUGAAGGGUGCUCCAUGGUGCCCUCUAUCUACCCUUUGGAGACGCUGCACAACUCACUGUCACUGAAGCAGGUCAAUGAGUUCCUGACAGGCAUCGUCGAGAGUGCCGGAGAUCCACACACCAGAACAAAAAGAGCUAUAUCAGCCAUGUUUGAUGCUCACAACCAUCCGUCUGUGGACUCCUACAUCCCCCAGAGAGUCCUCUCCACCUCAGUCUCCCUUAGGUCUCGAUCUGAAAGACCUCCUUGGUACAGCAGCGGCCCCUCCAGCACGGUGUCCAGUGCUGGACCGUCCUCCCCCACCACUGCAGACACGUCUCCACGUUUCAGUUUCAGUGACAAGAUGUCCCUCACUCCUCAGAGCAGCGAGGAAACCCACGGCUCUCAAACCACUCAGCCAGCGCCUGCAGUCGGGUCACAGCCACUUGAGCCAACAUGCCCCGCCUCCGUGCCAAACCCCUCAGAGCUCCCCCUGACGCCCAACAAUUCGCCAGAAGACGACGUGGAGCACAGCGAGGACUCGCAGAAAACACAGGAAGCCAGUGAGUUGGUCUCCGCAUCUAUAGAUCCAUCCACUGGCGGCGUCCAUGAGCCCAGCAUUCGCACACCGUGUCCCGGUCUGUCGGAGCUCACGCUGGCUCGGAUGGAGGGUUACUGCCUUCCUGGGCCGCUGCCUGUGCUGCUGGAGCUGAGAGAGAGCAGCAGCGAGGCUGGUUCCAGCUCCCAGACGCCUCAGUCCCCCGAGGGCCACGAUGAGUUCUUUGACACGCAGGAGUCUCUGGAGCUCUGGAUGGACAGUCCAGAGAGCCCCUCACAUGAAGAGGCAAGCCUGGAGGUGGGAGCCACUCACUCAGCCGAGCCCUAGUGCCCUCAAGCAACGUCCCACACUGCUAUUGUAAGAGCACUGUGGUGGCGUGUUGCUGCUUUCCCAUCUGUUACAGAUGUUAGUAGCCUCGUCUUACAAUCUGUCCUCACCUCCUUCCAGAUUUGUGUUGCUUAAGCAAUUCAUUUCUGGCGUUGACCUCUAGAGAGAAGAGCCAACUGUCCAUCCUCCAGCUCUUCUUAGAAUCAAUGGACGCUCGAACAAUCAUAGAUGGUUGAUGGUUAGUCAGCGCAGUGAGAAACCCUUUCUCAUUCCUCAGCUGCUCCCUCCGUUGUGAGGGUUUAACCUUACACAAGUGUCUCUGAGCAAGGCAUCACCGGAUUGUCAGCAGCUCUGUCCAUAAGCUUUGUUGUGUGACUUAAAAAUCGGUGCAUUAAUGCUAUGGUAAUCUCUUACUUUUGCGCUUCAGCGGUGAAGCUCUAACCUCCGUCUUACUAAAACCUUUUCCUGUGUGAUGACGGCACAUACCGAGUCACGGUGUCUGCUGGUCUGCACCCUUAAUGAAACUCUUAACACCAAGCCAGAUUGACGUUACUGUCUGUAAAGUGUAAUCUGUGGACCUUAGAGUAACAUUUGCACUGCUAACUGCCAAAGUCAUUAACCCUCGUGAAAAUGUAAUAUAAUCAGCAGUAAAUUAAAGGAGACAUAUUUAUUUUUAUCAAUCACAGGGGAAGUUCAAUAUUUUAAUACUCAUUUAUCAGAAAUUUUAAUGUCUCCCCUGCUGUUCUGUGUGUUCGUAAUUCCACCUUGUUGUACGGGCUUGAACCGCUUCCCUGUUCACUGAGGAAAGAGCUUCUGUUGUGGCCGGCGGCGAUGUAGCAGGCGGGCGUGCGGCCCUGCCGUCAGGUCGAUAAGCUGACACGCUGCUGUGUUGCUCUCUUUUAGGAUGUUACAUUGUCAUCAAAUGUCAAAGCUGUGAGUCCUUUUGCCUUGUCAGAUUAAAACAUGUCACCAACAUUAUUGUGUCUUUG